UCUACAUAAACAUUGAUAGUUAUACAAACAACUAGUAGUUCACUUUCAUUUUCGGAAAAUAGAAGAUAAUUAAGUUUAUUCAAAAUCAGUGAAUGUGUUAAUAAGACAAUUAUGGUUAAAAAGACAAAUAUGGUCACAGUUUUGUAGCGUCUUGUAAAACAUGUUUCAAGGAGGAGUUUUAAGAUUCAUUAUCUAUAUUUGCAUCGUGUACAAUACAAACUGCUUAAAAGAUAAAGAUCAGGAAACUGUGCAAAUUAUUGAAGGGGGCUAUAUUGAUAUACUCUGUGACAGUACCGGGUACCAGGGAGAUCAGAUUUACUGGGAAAGUGAUAAUAGAUUAUUUCAUGUUGACGGGAACCAGCUGUCUUUAAAAGCAAUCACACGGAACCAGUCCGGAUCAUACGGAUGUUAUUCACAGACUGGGGAACGUUCUGAUGUUAUAGAAAAGAUUUUUCUUGAUGUUCUUUAUCCUUCAAAGAUAUUAACCUGGGAUUCCCCAUACAGCAGACUGGUUCAGAAUGACAGUUAUGACAUGGUGGUUUACAUACAAGGGAAUCCCCCGCCUGACCAAAUACUUCUCAUAUCAAAUCAAACAGGAAAAGUCUUGUUCCGAGAUAAAGGCGAUGGAAGAAGAAAUAUAACACUGAAGUCAGUGCAAUGUGGAGAUAGUGGAACGUAUCAUCUAUACGCUGUAAAUGACCUCGACACGGACGUGUUCACUAAGGACAUAACAGUGUACUGCGUACCAUACCUUGAUCCGGACAAGACGACACAGUUUGAGAUGAGACCCCGCCUAGGGGAGACAAUCUACCUGGAAAUGCACUCCGCUGGCUUUCCACAGCCUAGUUUCACGUGGUCUUUUGGGGGCGCUCCAUUAAAGCAUACUGACGAGGGUUACACAAGUACGGUGCAGCUGGACAAUGUUCACAUGCAUGACUUCGGGGAAUAUCGGUUGGAUAUGGAAAAUUCAGUUGGAAAAACAACUUACUUCUUUCACGUGAUUCCGUCAGGUCCUCCAGAACCUCCAAGUGACUUGACGUUCAUUGAUUCAACCACAUAUAGUGCAACAUUGAGCUGGAUACCAGGAUACGAUUACAAUAGCACGCAGACGUUCGUAAUAGUGGAUUCCAAAUUUAAUGUUUUAUACGAAUUCACAGAAGAUACAAAUAAUGUUGGAAACAUAACAACAAAAACAGUUGACCGUCUUACACCUAAUCAUCUUUAUAACGUCACAAUAUUUGCCAGAAACAAAAACGGUACAUCUCGAGAUCUAAAUGCCGUCAGUUUCUACACUCAAGAGAGCUCGGUCCCAUUAGGCGUUAUUUUAGGUGUAGUUUCGUCGCCUUUUGUAAUCGUUGUGCUGUUCAGUUUAGCUAUUAAAUACUGCCCCAAGAAAAGAGUUGUUCAACCCGAAAAGCAACCCCUGCUUGAUCCACAUAACCAUGGUGAUCAAGAUAUUGGAGAUGAAACUGAAAGAAAACGCAGGUCCGACGACGACACAUCGAGUGAGGAAAAUGAUCAAGUGGAUGAUGGGAAUAGAGAGACAAAUACUCGCGGUGUUCAUAAAAAUCAACAAAAGAAACGGAGAAUUAUUUGGUCAUGAAGCACAAAAAAACUAUCUCAGAUUAAUUAAAUCUGGUUAUAUUAUGGUAAUAUCACAUUUAGUGAAUUCGUUCAUGAUGUUGUAAAAAUGUUAAUCAAAGUGUCUACAAAAAGAACGAAAAUCAAAGAAAGACUAUGUAUAUGAAUCGCGACAAUUUGUAAUUUAUUGAAAAUAUUAUACUGUGUACAGAUUUUGUUAGGGAACAAUGUUUUUAAUAUUAACAAAAUGUUUAUUUCUAACACAUUUUGUAAAUAAUUUUUAUACAUAACCACUUUUGUAUAUAAGUAUUCUGUAUCAAUGUAUAGUGUCAGACUCGAAUCUUUCAUGGGUGGAGGCGACCAGCCAAGCUUACGGAACCAGGUGGUGUUACUUAGGUGCUCGCCCCUGCCUAAUAUAACACAAAAAUGAUAUCAGUGGUCUUCUUCGCCCAUUGAAGCCGAAAAGGUCAUAGUUCACUGAACAAGUUCCAUUUCAGUGGAAGUGUAGCGUAAAA